AUGCCAGUUAUGUCUAAUAAUAAAUACCAAUUAUUGCACAACGAAAUUGCUACGUAUUUCAACGAGAUUUCUUGGGAAGAAAUUGAACGAGCUGGGAAGGAAGAAGCAAAGAUUGCCAUUGAAAAUAACGAAAUUGAUUCCAAUGGACGAAAAGAUGGUGAAAUAAAUUUAGUUCCACAAAUAAAAUCAUUAGGUAUUUGGGAAGAUUUAGUUGCAGUAAAAAGCCUCGUUUUAUUUCAUGCUGAAAGUUUAUUAUAUAAAAAUUUACGGUGUAACUCUGCAGUAACAUCCUACAACGCAGGAUCUAGACGUUUGCAGUUGUUACAUAAAAAAAUUGAAAAACACAGUCCCGGUCUGUUUACUAAAAAAUUUAUUUCAAGAUCAACUUCAAAAAGUAACCAGAGAAGUAAACGUCGAUUAUUUAAUCCUCCAGUUCACAAAAAAACUAUAUCUGGACCAGACGAGCAUUAUGGAGCUACCGCAGACAUAGAAACUUCUCCCGAUAUGCCAAAACACGAAUAUGAAACUAAAAAAUUAUUGUUUUUAUCAAAAUUGAACAUAACGCAAGCGCAAAUCAAACAAAUUGAAAAAGAUACAAGACGACAAAAUGAAUGCGUAGAUUGGCAUUUACAUAGAAAAAAAAGAUUGACCGCCUCUGUCUUUGGAAAAAUAUGUAAACUUAGGCCCAAAACGUCACGAGCCAAGACUGUAUCGAAUAUUUUAUAUGGUUCCUUUUGUGGUAACGACGCAACAAAAAAUGGGAUACAAAAUGAGGAAAAUGUGAAGUCGGCGUCGUCUAACAUUUUAAAUAAACCCAUAAGUUCGCCAGGAUUAGUUAUUGAUAAUGAAUUAUCAUUUUUAGCUAUUCUUAAAACCAAUAUAAGUGUAUAACAUAUAUAAUUAUAGACCUUAAAAACUUAACUUAAUAAUUUUAUACUAUUAUACUGUAAUCCAUAUAAUUUAUUUUAUUUAUCUUAUAGAACAUUUUAUGACGUAUUGUUUGACAUAUUAUAUUA